AUGGAAUACAUACAGCCUCAACAUCUUUACUCUCGCCUCUUGGACAAUGUGCCCUGGAAGUCCGCAGAUCCAUCAGUGAAGGGAGAUCCGCGGAAGAGCGUGAAAUGGAUUGAUGGUCUCCGAGGAAUCGCAUCCUUCCUAGUUGUACUCACACAUCUUGCUCGAGCCUGGGAUUACGACCUGUUUGCGCCCCGCGACGAUGUGGAUAUAGCGCCCCGAAUCCUGCAAUGGCCCGUCUUCCGUAUACCUUGGCAAGGCCGAUUGGGCGUCACCAUUUUUGCUUUUUUGACCGGCUACGUUUGCGCCCUCAAGCCCCUCAAACAGUCUCGCAAUGGUGAUUACUUGGGCUCGUUUACCUCGGUGGCCAAGAGCGCCUUCCGUCGCCCGCCCCGACUCAUCUUCCCGGCAACCAUUGCACUCCUCAUCUCAUGGGUCAUGGCCCAGUUCGGCGCAUUUGUUGUGGCGAAUCGCUCGGAUUGUUGGUGGUGCCGGUACGCCGCCGUCGAUCUGGCGCCUACCUUCUGGGGUGAGUUUGUUCGCUUAUUCAAGACUUUCCUUGAAGUCUGGACUACUGGAUACAUGGCCUAUGAUGAUCACCAGUGGGCUUUGCUGCCGCUGCUCAAGGCUUCCAUGCUAAUCUAUGUCCUUAUCUGUGCUACUAUGUUUGUGAAGUUCCGCUUCCGUCUGGCAAUCUACCUCGGAAUGUAUUUGUACUUCCACCAAGAUCCUGCGAAGGACACCGAAACGUUCCAGAUGCAAGCGGUCUACGGUAUGUUCCUCAGCGAUCUAGCCUAUGAGAAGGGCUUCAAGGAAUUCGUCGAGCGCCACAGCUGGGGUCGCAAAAUUGUGGCAUUGACACUGCUCGCUAUCGGUCUCUUCAUCUGCUCAUAUCCCGGGGAGCACCCCGAGUGGGCCACAUGGUCCAACUUUAUGUACAAAGCUGCACACUACAUUUUCCCACCAGAAGUCAACAUUGGGAAGCGAUACUCUGCCCUCGGAGUCGACCUCAUCAUCUUCGCCAUCUACAUCUCCCCAUCUACCAAGGAAUUCUUAUCCAGCAGCCUUCUACUGUGGCUUGGAAAGCAGAGCUUUGCUGUAUAUUUGGUUCACGGCACCAUGCUCCGCACAGUUCUUUGCUGGAUGCUUUACGGCAUCACCGGUCAGCCCUGGGAUGGCGACAUCGUGGACGACAAAGGCAACCCUAUCUACGGCGAUGAUGGCGAGCCCCUUCACCCGCACUGGAUUCCAUUGCGCGCCCCUUGGGUCGUGGCGAUCAGUAUCCCCGCAUGGAUUGCACUUGUAUAUCUCGUCGCUUCUAUGUGGACGAAAUACGUCGACCCAUUUUGUGCACGCAUGGCGCAAAAGUUGGAGAAGUUCAUGUUUGAAGAAGAUGAACAAUCUCCACCGCAGCUGCCGAUGACAAGCAUUCCUAUGACCACUGCUUGA